AUGUCAACAUCUCACUGUAGAUUUUAUGAAAACAAAUAUCCGGAGGUCGAUGACAUUGUUAUGGUCAAUGUCCAGCAGAUCGCUGAGAUGGGCGCAUAUGUGAAGCUCUUAGAAUACGAUAACAUCGAAGGUAUGAUUCUGCUGAGUGAAUUGUCGCGUAGACGUAUAAGGUCGAUUCAAAAGUUGAUUAGAGUUGGGAAAAACGAUGUUGUUGUGGUUCUUCGUGUGGACAAAGAAAAGGGCUACAUUGAUUUGUCGAAACGUCGUGUUUCCUCUGAAGAUAUCAUUAGAUGCGAGGAGAAAUACCAGAAAUCCAAGACCGUUCACGCCAUUCUGAGAUAUUGUGCAGAGAAAUUCCAAGUUCCGCUGGAAGAUCUGUAUAGGACGAUUGCAUGGCCAUUGAGUCGAAAGUACAGCCACGCCUACGAGGCGUUCAAGCUGUCGAUCAUCGACGAAUCUGUGUGGGAGGGCAUCGAGCCGCCAUCCAAAGAGGUUUUCGAAGAACUCAAAGUGUACAUCUCCAAGAGACUGACACCACAAGCGGUCAAGAUUAGAGCUGACGUGGAAGUCUCCUGUUUUAGCUACGAAGGUAUCGAUGCGAUCAAAGAGGCUCUGAAGGCUGCAGAGGCUCUAUCCACCGAGCAAAUGCAGAUCAAAGUGAAGCUGGUUGCUGCCCCACUGUACGUCAUUACGACCCAGUCUUUGGAAAAACAGCAGGGUAUUGAGCUUCUCGAGAAAGCCAUCGAGCAGAUCAGCCAAGUCAUCUCGAAGUACAAUGGUGUUUGCAACAUUACCAUGUCUCCAAAGGCUGUCACUGCCACUGAAGACGCAGAACUACAGGCUCUUUUGGAGAGCAAAGAGCUCGAUAACAGGUCCGAUUCAGACGAAGACGAAGAGGACUCCGACUAA